UCGCGUCAAAAUGUGUCUUCCGAGCCAUCAGAGGGCGACAGAGUUCUAACAGCAGCAUAUAACGCUGGGAAAGAAACUACUGAACGGAGCAAACAUGGCAGCGUCUUUGGUGCGGUUUGUCCGCGGAGGUCUCGGAAGGAGUUUAAACGUUGCACGGACUUCUUGUCUCCUUCAGCAGCAGACUAGAUCAGAAAGUUCCACCACUGAGACCAAACCAACCGUGAGGCCAAAGGACAAUGCUGUCAUUCGCAACCAGCUGAUAGCCUUUGGAGAAUACCCUGUAAAGUUUUUUUUUAAAUACUGAGAUAUUGUUUUGAUUUAGGUGACAUACUUUAAUGAGCUUGAGGUGAUGAUUCAUCCUGAAGGAGUGCUCCCAGUGCUGACGUUUCUGCGAGACCACACCACUGCUCAGUUCAGAAACCUGAUUGAUCUGACAGCUGUCGAUGUCCCAACACGGCAGAACCGCUUUGAGAUUGUGUACAAUCUGCUUUCCCUGCGCUACAACACCCGUAUCCGUGUGAAAACAUACACAGAUGAGUUAACACCAUUGGAAUCUGCGUUUUCUGUCUACAAGGGUGCCAAUUGGUAUGAAAGAGAGGUUUGGGACAUGUUUGGCGUGUUCUUUGCGAACCACCCUGACUUGAGACGUAUUCUGACAGACUAUGGUUUUGAGGGACAUCCAUUCAGAAAAGACUUUCCAUUAACAGGAUAUGUUGAGGUGCGUUAUGAUGAUGAGUUGAAGCGUGUUGUGGCCGAGCCAGUGGAGCUGGCACAGGAGUUCAGGAAGUUCGAUCUUAACACACCGUGGGAAAUCUUCCCUGCCUACAGGGAGCCAAAAGAAGAAGCUCCCAAACUGGAGGCAGGCGACCAGUCCACUGAGAAGAAAUAAUAUCCCCUUUGUGUUUAGUGUGUUUUUACAUA